GAGCAGGAGGGAAAGAGCAGAAGGAGGAGGAAGGAGAGAAAGAAGAAACCCGCUCGCUUCCCAGGAUUGCUUUUUUCUUCCUUAUCUUUACGCGCGCGUGUGCGUGCGGCGCGUGUGCGCCCCUCGUCCUCCCAUCUGAACCAGGUCUUGGAUGUUUAAUAAAGAAAUCAAGUGUCUCACCAGUCACCACAAAAAAAAAAGCAAAAACAAAAAAUAUAUACAUCCAAAAGCAAAAACAAAAACAGAGGGAGGAAAAAACAAAACCCCAAACAAACAAACAAGGCAGAGACCACCUCCACUCGCCGCCGCAGGCUCCGGCCCCGCGUCUGCGCCCCGAGAGGGGUCUCCGGCCCGCGGCGGCGGAGUUGCGGGGGGGAUCGUCGGGGGGCAGAGGCCGAGUGACGUCCUGGGAGCCGCCGGGCGAGAGACGGAGGACACCCGGCGAGGCGAGAGACAGCGGGCCCCGCGCGCGGCUCGGGGCUGGGGCGCCAGAAGUGGGACUGGAGGAAAGUAGAGCGAUGCCCAGGCGGAAACAGCAGGCACCCAAGCGGGCAGCAGGGUACGCCCAGGAGGAACAGCUGAAGGAAGAGCAAGAAAUAAAAGAAGAGGAGGAGGAGGAGGAGGACAGUGGCUCAGUAGCUCAGCUUCAAGGCAGUAAUGACACAGGGACAGAUGAGGAGCUAGAAACAGGCCCAGAGCAGAAAGGCUACUUCAGCUGCCAGAACUCUCCAGGAAGUCACCUGUCCAACCAGGACGCGGAGAACGAGUCUCUGCUGAGUGAUGCCAGCGACCAGGUGUCAGACAUCAAGAGUGUCUGCGGCCGAGAUGCCUCAGACAAGAAAGGGAACACUCACCCCAAGCUUCCGAAUGAAGCGCACAACUGCAUGGAUAAAAUGACCGCCGUCUACGCCAACAUCCUGUCAGAUUCCUACUGGUCAGGCCUGGGGCUUGGCUUCAAGCUCUCUAAUAGCGAGAGGAGGAACUGUGACACCCGCAACGGCAGCAACAAGGGUGACUUUGACUGGCACCAAGAUGCACUAUCCAAAAGCCUGCAGCAGAACUUGCCAUCCAGGUCUGCCUCGAAGCCCAGUCUCUUCAGCUCGGUGCAGCUGUAUCGGCAAAGUAGCAAGAUGUGUGGGACCGUGUUCACGGGGGCCAGCAGGUUCCGCUGUCGGCAGUGCAGCGCUGCCUAUGACACCUUGGUCGAGCUGACGGUGCACAUGAACGAAACAGGCCACUACCAGGAUGACAACCGCAAAAAGGACAAGCUCAGACCCACGAGUUAUUCAAAACCCCGGAAAAGGGCUUUCCAGGAUAUGGACAAGGAGGAUGCUCAAAAGGUUCUGAAAUGUAUGUUCUGUGGGGACUCCUUCGAUUCUCUCCAAGAUUUGAGCGUCCACAUGAUAAAAACAAAGCAUUACCAAAAAGUGCCUUUGAAGGAGCCAGUACCCACCAUUUCAUCGAAAAUGGUCACUCCCGCGAAGAAGCGUGUUUUUGAUGUCAAUCGGCCUUGUUCCCCAGAUUCAACCACCGGAUCGUUUGUGGAAUCUUUUUCUUCUCAGAAGAAUGCCAACUUGCAGCUGUCCUCCAAUAAUCGCUACGGCUACCAGAAUGGGGCCAGCUACACCUGGCAGUUUGAGGCCUGCAAGUCCCAGAUCUUAAAGUGCAUGGAGUGCGGAAGCUCCCAUGAUACUCUGCAGCAGCUCACCACUCACAUGAUGGUUACAGGUCACUUUCUAAAGGUCACCAGCUCCGCCUCCAAGAAAGGGAAGCAGCUGGUGUUAGACCCACUAGCAGUGGAGAAAAUGCAGUCAUUGUCAGAGACCCCAAACAAUGAUUCUCUGACUCCUAAGCCAUCGAGUAACUCGGUGUCUGACUGUACAGCCUCCACAACCGAGUUAAAGAGAGAGAGUAAAAAAGAAAAACCAGAGGAAACCAACAAUGAAGAGAAAGUUGUGAAAAGUGAGGAAUAUGAAGAUCCUCUACAAAAACCUUUAGAUCCUACCAUAAAAUACCAGUAUCUAAGGGAGGAGGAUUUAGAAGAUGGCUCCAAGGGUGGAGGGGACAUUUUGAAGUCACUCGAAAAUACUGUAACCACAGCCAUCAACAAAGCCCAAAAUGGCGCUCCCAGUUGGAGCGCCUACCCCAGCAUCCACGCAGCCUACCAGCUGUCAGAGGGCACCAAGCCGCCUUUGCCCUUGGGAUCCCAGGUCCUGCAGAUUCGGCCUAAUCUCACCAACAAGUUAAGGCCAAUUGCGCCAAAGUGGAAAGUUAUGCCACUCGUGUCUGUGCCCACAAACCUGGCCCCAUACACCCAAGUUAAGAAGGAGUCGGAGGACAAAGACGAGGUGGGGAAGGAGAGUGGGAAAGAAAGUCCCCGUGAGGAGGCAUCAUCAUUCAGCCACAGUGAGGGGGACUCUUUCUCCAAAAGCGAGCCACCCUUGGAACCCAAAAAGGCUGAGCCGUGUCCCCUGAAAGAGGAGGACAAGCUAAUGAAAGAGAGUGGUGAGAAGGCGAAGCCACAAUCCUUAGAGCCAGUGUCUUCUCUUAGUAACGGCUGUGCCCUGGCCAACCACGCCCCAGCCCUGCCAUGCGUCAACCCACUCAGCGCCCUGCAGUCUGUCUUGAACAAUCACCUGGGCAAGGCCACGGAGCCCUUGCGCUCUCCUUCCUGCUCCAGCCCAAGCUCAAGCACAAUUUCUAUGUUUCACAAGUCCAGCCUCAGUGUCAUGGACAAGCCAGUGCUGAGUCCGGGCUCCACGAGGCCGGCCAGUGGGUCCAGGCGCUUCCUGUUUGAGAAUAACGACCAACCCAUCGACCUGACCAAGUCCAAAAGCAAGAAAGCCGAGUCCUCGCAAGCACAAUCCUGUACAUCCCCACCUCAGAAGCACGCUCUGUCUGACAUCGCCGACAUGGUCAAGGUCCUCCCGAAAGCAACCACCCCCAAGCCCGCCGCUUCCUCCAGGGUCCCGCCCAUGAAGCUAGAAAUGGACGUGAGGCGCUUUGAGGACGUCUCCAGCGAGGUCUCCACUUUGCAUAAAAGGAAAGGCCGGCAAUCCAACUGGAACCCUCAGCACCUUCUCAUCCUGCAAGCCCAGUUUGCCUCGAGCCUCUUCCAGACGUCGGAGGGCAAAUAUCUUCUCUCUGACCUGGGCCCACAGGAGCGUAUGCAGAUCUCCAAGUUUACAGGACUCUCCAUGACCACGAUCAGCCACUGGCUGGCGAAUGUCAAGUACCAGCUUAGGAAAACGGGCGGGACCAAAUUUCUGAAAAACAUGGACAAGGGCCACCCCAUCUUUUACUGCAGUGACUGCGCUUCCCAGUUCAGAACGCCCCCCACUUACAUCAGUCACCUCGAGUCUCACCUGGGCUUCCAAAUGAAGGACAUGACCCGCAUGGCCGCGGACCAGCAAAGCAAGGUGGAGCAAGAGAUCUCCCGGGUGUCGUCGGCUCAGAGAUCUCCGGAAACAAUAGCUGGCGAAGAGGACACAGACUCUAAAUUCAAGUGUAAGUUGUGCUGUCGGACUUUUGUGAGCAAACACGCGGUAAAACUCCACCUAAGCAAAACGCACAGCAAGUCACCUGAGCACCAUUCACAGUUUGUAACAGACGUGGAUGAAGAAUAGCUCCGCAGGACCAAUGCCUUAGUUUCCGCUUUCCAGCCUGGGUCCCUCACACCGAGCCCUUCUCCGUGCAUCACCUGCUUCUGACAUUGAACCCACCUCCUCCUCCCUACACCCUGCUGCAAGAAGACUGCCAGAAAAAUCACCCCGGCCAUUUCUCUUCAUCCUCACUAACAAUUUGGUAAUGAAGUAUUGAUUUCCACUUCUCUGCUUAUGGACGACACUCCACUCGCGUUGAUAAACUGCGAGGGGCUUGUCUCGUCUCCACCAUCUCCUUUCACUGUCACAAGAAAACAAAGUGCCACCGAAGAAAAAUAAUGACUGGGAGCAUUGAUGUACUUAUUCUGUCAGUUUGUAACAGGAAAGGGAGGGGGUGUAAGUCUUCAGAGUUUAAUGUCCAAGUGGGCUGCACUUGAUGUGGACACUUGGAAGCUUACUCUUCAUGCUAACGUCCAUUUCCUAUUUAUAACCCCUCUGGGAACGUUUGUCUAAAGGAAAUGUUUCUGUUCAGUGUAACAAUUACGGUUGCACCUGGAUUGCCCAGUCCUGCCCCUGCAAUAGGGAGCCAUUAAUCACUGCAAAGUAGAAGAAUUAUUAAGUUAAACUGGAGUUGAAGCCAAGAAAACCUCUGAACAAUGUUCAUCUUCUGUGAAAGUUGUUCAAAUAGUUAGGCUUAACUGUGUUGCUGCCAAAGACAUUUUCCCAUCCAGUGGUAGGCAUCUUUAUCAUGAUCAUUAUCUUGAUUGGUUUUAAAACAUAGUUUUCAGCAUGCAUCACUGUCAUAUGAGACCUGGAAACUGGAAGACGUGAGGAGACGUAGAAUCUGAGAGAGAGCAAGAAGAUGAGAUCAUUGUCGGGUGGAAAGUUCAGCAGCAGCCUUUUCUGGUAAUCUCUUCCUACAGGACCUGUUGUUUAUGAACUCUGAAAUGCAGCUUGACUGUACAGCCAACAGAAAGCAUGAAAUAGGGUGUCCAUUUUAAAUGUGUUCCUGCAACUUUUUUCAUUAAAACUUUAAGGGCCCAAUUUUAAUUUGUGGAAUAUUCCCGUUAAUAAUGAGAUCUAAUUAAGACAUCCAUUAAAAGCCCGUUAAAGUUAAUUUAACGUAAAAAUUCCAAUAGAACUGUAUUAGAUUUUCUCCAUUAAAUUAACGUUAUGGAUUUUUAACGGAUGUCUUAAUUAUAUGUUAUUAUUAACGGGAAUACUGUAUUACACAGAUUAAAAUCAGGUCCUAAGUCAACUUGGAAAAGCUAAGAGCAUGUUUUAAUAUUAAAAGUCUUGCACACCUAGUACACAGGUUGGAAAUGCAGGGAUAGAUCUAUUUAUUCUAGUUGAGCAUUUUCUUAUACAGUGGAAAACAACCUAUAAUAGAUAAAUCCAUCAUUGCAUUUAAACAAUGAAUUUCCUUAUUCUCAAAAGACCAAUAAGUCUGGAUUGUGUUAUAAACUGCUACUCAGCUAAAGGUGAAAUAUUUAAACUAGCCUAGGCACAACAUUGAGAGCUAGAUAACUCAGAAACAAAUGGAAUAUUGUGUUGUUGCUUUAAUUACUAUGGUUAUCAAAAAAUACUCAACACUGACAAAAUGAAACCAAAUAUACCCUCUUCACUGUUUCUCAUAAAAGCUGCCUGUUGAAAUUGUUUUGGAAAUUUUAACAUGAUCCCUAAAUUCAACAUUGGGAUUUUAAAAAAACCUUCUUAUUUACCUCCUAGGGAAAGUGUUGCCCUUAUGCCACAUAUAAUGGCAAAUUGCUUUUUUUAUGGCAUGCAUAACCUAGAUGGGAAAAAAUAUGGCGCUUCAGGGAAGGAGGAAAAAAGUAAAUGAAGUUCCAGGAAUGUCAUUCUGAAGUAAUGAGGCAUGGACAGAAAAUAUACCCCUCACAUCAUCGGAUUGAGAUGCCAGUCGAAAUAGCUUCAUUGAAGUGUCAGGACUCAUCUAUCAAUCAAUCACCCACAAGGAAAAAUAGCAACAGUACAACGGGGCAGCUUUUAUGGGAUUUACUCAUGGGCAUAGAGAAUAGCGGCUCAAAUGUAGUUCUGACAUGAAAAGCAAGGUGCUGAUAUUAUUUUUUAUGAUGGGAGGAUCAUAAAGUGAAUUGAGAACAGCGAGGUCUGUCUUUGCUUAACCUAUUCAACCAGAAAUGAAUGGAACUCAACUGGAAAGGAACAGUCUUCAGAUGGGUUAAGAUUGAAAGGUGGAUUCUACUGAGCACUGUCCUUCGACAAUGAAAUUCUAUUAGAGGGAAAUCAAUGUAUUAGCAUUGGGGCUCCUGAAGCUGGUGAAAAUUACCUGCUCCAAGCCAGGGUUAUCAGAUAAAGUUACAUAAUUCAGAUCCUGCCGCCACCAUCCAAGAAGCAAAUUCUGAGCUCGUACUUCAGCAGGGAGGAAACAGAACAAUUCUAAACUCCUUGGAAAUCAUUUCCCUUCUAAGAAAAAAAUAAUAAAUCAUCUGCUUCCAUGAAUAAUCUGUAUGGUUUUGCUGGUGCAAUUUCUCUGAUGGGGUAGGGUGGGAGGCUACAGACAAAAAUAUUGAUAAAUUUGGUAAGACUCAUGAAUCAUCACUUGGAAACUGUGAAUGUCACUGCUGAGGGACAGGUGCUAAUGUUCUCCUUAGAAAGCAGGAUCUCAGCUGCCACUGUGAUAUGCAAACAGCUCUCGAUGUAUUUCUAGAGACCAGGCCUGUCUUCGUUUGGCAAGCCCCGUGAGGCUUCUAGAAACUUCUUCCUGGAGAAAAAAAACUAAAUAGCAUGCAUUCAGGAGAACAUUUUUAAUCCUCUUUCAUACCACGUCCUUCCUUUUUCUGAAAAACAGUAGCUGGGAAAAGUUGGAACUUUAGAGAGAGGAAGGACAAUGACGUGCAAAUACCAUGCAAAUUACCCUCAAGUGGGCUGGGGAUUUAGCUCAGUGGUUUCCCCGCCUGCUGCGCAAGCACAAGGACCUGAGUUCGAUCCCCAGUACCAAAAAAAAAAAAAAAAAAUUACUCUCAAGUAUUUCCGUUGCACUAGCAUCCCUUGGUAGUAGGGGCAGUGACAGAUUGCCUGUCCUUCCCUUUCCCUCUUCCAGCUAAGGCCACCAACCAACUAAAACUUGAAAUGACCAUUGUGAAAAUUAUUUACAAAUAUUUAAAUUUUAUGUAUUUGGCCCAGCUUUGUAGUUCAGCAAAUCCACCAAAUAUACAACAUGUUAAAAACACUGGGGCACAAGAAACACAAUUUACUCCGCAAAUUCACUCAACAGAGCUUCUUGGGCAGCUCCAGUGCAUGUGGCCCUGUUCUAGGUACCAGGACAUGGCACAGUGACAUGCAGCGACAUCCUGGCCCUCCUCCUGCUGACAGCCGCUCCUCCAUGUCAUGAUACCCAGACCACUUGGGGCAGAGUUCACCCAGGGUCAAAAUCAGAGUAUUUCAGGAGAAGGAAUUUUUCCUCUGAAAAAGCAAACAGGGAGGAAAUAGCUUAAAAAGUAGGUCAGGGCCUAAAAACAGAAUAGAAUCAUGGAAUGAAUUGGAUAGCCCAGACAGUUCCCAUAGAAUUUCUUUCAGGCCACAAAUAGAUUUCUUAAAACUCACCCCCAUAUCUUCCUGCUUGGUAUUUGCUUCUUGUGUGGUUAAUAGGCUAAAUUUUAUAGACAAAAGCCCCUGAACUUAGUUGAAAUGCAGAGAACAAAUGCAGUGAUAUGUUUGGGAAGCAUGUAUGUAACUCCGGUUAAGUAGUGAAGGGGGGGGUGUUUGUGUGUACACGCACACAUUACACACACACACAUUAGCUUUACUGUUAUUCUCCAAGGCCUCUGGAGAAUGCAGCAGUAGGAGGCUGAGAUUUCCUGAAACUUUUCACAGUAAAUCCAAAGCUUAGAGGCCUCAUGAGGUGCUUGAAUUCUGUCACUUUUCUGUUUGUCACUUCCCAGACCGUUUGACGAUGCUCAAACCUUUUCUUCUUGUAUUUCCUUUCUUCCCCUUACUAAAUGUUUUCAUUUUUAAAAAGACAUUUGCAAGUGUCACUUCACACUGUCCUCUCUUCUUCCCAGCAACAAGAAUAGGAGUGUGUAGAUGAAUGCUAAGAUAACAAUAAGGAAACAUAUUGAAGGUGUUAGCACACAUAUACCCAUAUGUAGUGCUAAAGAAUAAUAAAAGUGGUAUCGAUUUUGAAGACGCAUUAGGAAAAAAAAACAAAAAGUCAAGUGAACUUUCGGUUUAUCUUGUUCCCUCUGUGAGAUGUUAAAAUGCUAAUUUCAUUUCCUCCCUUCCUCUAUGUGGUCCUUUCUCAAAAUAUCUCUGAAAUACUUUUAGACAAAGAUUGAGCUAGAAAGAGAGAUACGAAUUUCCAUCCCCCCAGACAGAGACGUGUUUCCAUUGUAGAAAAGCACUAAACAUUUUGAAACUUGUGAAUCAUCUUUAGAAUUUCUACAGUGGAAUUUUACCUCUUCAUCCAAAGUAAAAGCUACUUAUCUCCUUCAGUUUCCUGUGACAGAAACAGCGACAGCCGCAGAUACACAAUUUCCAGGCUCUGGUUAAUCUUCUUCUCAUAGUUACGAACAAUGGGCUAACGGGCGUGGGUGUUUCUCCAAAAAUUAUUCAUGCGCAAGGCAGCCCAAAGCUUCAGGGAAAACUAGAAAUGUUUUAUGGAUUAGAAUAGGACUGUUUUAAAAUGCGAGUGCCAGAUGCAACGCUAUUUCAGCAACAGGACUCUGCUCAUUUCCUUUGGAAAAAUAUAUCCCAAGUAAAAUGGUUCUUCUAGGAAUGACACCCUGAACUGAUGCACUUCAGUAAAUAAAUGAUAUUAUCAAUAGCCAUAUGAUUAUCAUUAAGCCCUUUUACAAUACGGUGUGUUUGGAAAAGAUCAAAUACUCACAGCCCUUUGUAUCAUGUUUAUUUGCUUAAAACAGCUUUUGGAAGUGCAAGUAGCAACUCUGUGGUAGAGCCCACAAGAGAAGUUGAAUUAUUUUUUGAAGAAAUGCAUUGCUUAAAAAAAAAAAUCUAAGCACUCCCUUCAACCCUUUCAGAAAAUAAAUUUCAGCGUGUCCACCGAAUUAUCUUGAACCUGAAACCUACAUUUGGAUAUCUGUCCCUGGAGCAGUAGCUAAUAUUUACAGAGUGAACAAUCAUACGCUUAUGGUUCAAAUGUGAAGACUGUGUCCAGUAAUAUAUUCACUUUCUAGAUGACUCACACAAUGUUCAGGAUUUAUAAAUGUGUAUGUACAUUUUUAAAGUACACAAAGUUUGUCCAGUCUGAAAAGAAAAAGUAAAAACUGCACCCAUUCUACGUGAAGGUAAAUACUGCAGAAAAACAUUCCUGUCCUGAAAUACAAUAUUUGGGAUUCAGAACACGUCAGAUGCUAAGAACAUGCAGUACAAGUCAAAAACACUGAUGCAAAAAAAAAAUCUCUUUUGGCCCAGUGUUCUUAAAUGUCAUUAGAUCCCAGUUACCAUAUACUUUUCGGUCUCUGAAGAUAGCCUUCUAAUCCCUUUCAACUUUGAUCCCAAAUAGCCAGGCACUAUCUACUUCCAAACCCCUUGAAAAUCAAGAAGCUGGCUGAUCAGAUAUAAUCCUUAAUGGUCAACCAGUUCUUGCUGGGCAGAGCUCUUGCGACUUUUUCAGAAAUCCAGCAUCAAACACAUUUCCAUUAUGGACAUGUCCCCUUGCAUUCAUUCUGGAUUUUGAGUCUCUUUCCUUUCUAAAGGGCAGUGGGAGAAAUGGGUCAGAGUUUCAAGAAUCACAUUCAUCCUUGCUCUGUAGAAAAGUGUUUAUUUUCUAGCGAAGAAAGGCAAACACAUUUUUGUAUUAGGAAAGCAGCCCGGUCAUUUUCAAAGACAAAUGACCGCGACCAUACCUGUAGAAUGUUUCCGAGCAGGCGCGCUAAUUUUCUAUCACCUGCAUGCUGUAUAUAAGACAUUCGCCUGUAUACUAGGAAGAAAACCCAGGCUGUUUCCCUUGUGUACAGGGCAGCUUGGAUGGCUGGGGACAUAAGCUUUCCGUGCAUUUUUAUACUGUACAUAUUUGUAUAUACUAACUAUACCGCCAUGUACGAACACAGAUUUUGUUAUAUUUGCUUUGUUUCUGUUUCCUACCAAACUGGCCCACAAUGGGGGAUUCUUUUGUAUAGAAAAAAAAAAUAUGCUUGUAAUUUUUCCCUGAUCAUUCUCUUUCGAUAGCUUAUGAAAGAAUUAGAUCUGAGUUUACACAGAAAUUAUAAGAAUCAUGUUUGUCUGCAUGAGGUCCCGUCCAAUUGCUGAGUCUAGGGAGGAACCAAUGCCCUAAAAUCAGGGUUUCCCUUCACAGGCAUGCUUUUACCCCGCGGGAAAACUGCAAACUUAUCCAUGUGGAAUUAUCUUCUUUGUAUUUUAUCUGAUAGUGCCUGAAAUUUUUUAAUGUCUUCUUAGAGGAAGAAUUCAUAAUUGUCAAAAUUUGAAACAUUAGCUUAAUUUUGUUUUUAUGACCUCGCGAUUCUCUUCCUUAUUUAUUCGGUUGCUGUUGUAAUGGGGCCCCAGGCCAUUCCUGACAUCGACGUUCUUCUUCUGCAUUAAGGGUGUUUUUAAAAUUACCGAGAUUAUUGAGCCAACAGGCUGUUUUAAUCAAAACCAUGUUUCACUUGUUUUUGAUGAUUAUAAAUUGUCCUUGCGAUGAAAAAGAAUAAAAAAACAACUUUUCUGCUAGGAAAAUUAUACCACCCUGUGGCCAAACGGGUUCAUAGCAGAUAGGCAUCGGUGCCCACUUCUCCAGGAUCUAGAAAAUUCCUCCCUGGGCCGGCCACAGUCGCUUGCCCGCACCAUCAACCUGCCGCUGGUCCUCAGGUCUUCGGUAACUAUUUGCAGAUCUCCAAAGGCUUCAUGCCUUGUCAUCACUGCAGGCAGACAAACAAUCCAGCCGGAAAUGAUGUCUUUCCAGCUCGGAGAGAAUGGAUUUUCAGAAAAGGUGGCUCCUGCUUUUCUCCCUUUGUCCCCUGAUGCUACCAGCCUGCCGCCCCUCCUAAUUACAAACGAUCUGGUCUUAAUACCCCAUGUAACCUAAACUGGAUGAAAAGCAACAUUUCAGAUCAGCCCCUUGCUGAAUAAAAAUGACUUUGGAUGCACUUAGGAUGUGUGCCUUUGUGUGACGCCACAGCGUCGAAAUUGUCUGAGAAUAAGAGGGUUUUAAUACAGUUUUAUCACUAGAAAUAAAUUCUGAUGGUGGAGGUGAAGAAAACCCUUAAAUUAUAUCACAAAAGCCAUUAUUUUUUACAUCUAAAGAGUUUUUUUAAAAAGAAAAUCAUUCUACUUUGAGAACUGUAAUUAAAGCCCUAAAUAAUAGAUGCUACUUCUUUUAGCUAUUGUGCAAAACUAACAACACACUCACCAAGGUUGUAUGGAGCCCCUCAUUUCCAUCAAAAAAGCCUUCUAUAAGUACAUUAUUUACAUUUUUAAACCUGAUAACUUUCCUUUGUGGUGAAAAAAAAAAGUCUCUCUUUUUUUUUAAUUUCCACUCAGCAGUUAUUGGAAAUAGACUAUUCCUAUCUGAAACCUUAUCGUAAUUUACAUCAGGAAAGCCAGCUGCCGACAUUAAGGACCUGGGUGUGUUCAAUUAUGAUUUUGCCGGAGGCUGUCCCUCAUUUUAAUGCUGCAGAUAUUGAACCACCUUUCUGAAACCCAGGAGAUACGGUAGAGCAGAGACAUGCCUCUCAACACCAUCGGCUUUGCAAAUGCUUCAGUGCAGUCUAUGCCAACUUCCGCUUUGGCCAAUUGAAAAAAAAAAAGAAAAUUAAAGGAGAGAAGAAAAAAAAACACAGAUGCACUUAAAACAUGAAAAGAAUUAUUUAUAUGAUAAAAAUAUAUUUAGAUUUUCAAAGCACAAGACUGAAUAGAAGUGCUCUUUUUAUGCUUUCUGGAGAUGUUACUGUUAAAUGUCUUUCUACAUCAGGCUUAAUAAAUCUGUAAUGACAUUUGAUGGA